AUGUCCGACCAGAUCAUGACCACGACCACGACCACGAACAAGGCCUGGUCUCUCUGGCCGCCGGAAGCGUGCAUAGUCCAAGCCUUUGCUACCAAGCUGCUCUGGCACCAGCGCCACCUGUCGCUCAACCGCCCCAUGACCGUCGAGGAGCUGUACGACGCGCUCGUCGGGCCCGCCGAGCACGGCUGGCGCCGUGUCAUCAAGUUUGACAAGAACAGCCCGGUCACUAUUGCUGCGGGGGUGUUCACCCAUUCCGGCGACGCCCCUGUCAUCCUCUCCGACCGUGUCACCCUCUUUGAGGAGUACUCCGAGGGUGGUGACAUUGAGCUCGGCGUUUCGCACGAGCUCGAAGUGCUCUUGGGCCUCACCUGCCUCCUCACCAUGGCCAAGGUCUCAGCGGUCCACAACGCUCGCCAGGAGCUCGGCACGGCGUACCCGCGCCUGCUCGUCGCCGCCGCCGAGGGCCACAAGGACCCCGCCAUCGAGGAGGUGCGCGACGUCCUCCGCCCCGUCUUCGACGCCUACUUCGCCACCGUCCGCACCGCCGUCCUCGCCGCGUGUGGGGAGGACGCGGUCCGCGCCGCAGCGGGCCACGCCAUCCCGGCCGCCGACAUGGCGACACGUGGCGCCCUCAUGAUCCUAACCGAGUGGGAUGCCGAGCAGAGGCGCCGCGCCAGCUCCGGCGGCUUCCGCCAGCGUGUCGAGGAGCACGUUGCGCAGGUCGACCGCGCCCGUGCCGCCUACGCCUUGGGCAUCGCCGAGGAGGCGGAGCGCGAGCGCCAGGCUACCCUCCAUCUCAUCGCCGAGCUUGCGGCCCGCCCUGCUCGGCGCGUGGCGCGCUGUACCGGCGCCUGA